AUGAUAUCUGUACUGCUACUGGUAUUCCUAGUCGAGCUCGGUAUUCACCUUGUGAACACUGUCGGCGCCGCGACGAUAAAUAAUCUAUUGUGGAACUUAUAUCUAGCUUUCCCGACCGAAAUCUCGAAGCAGGCGGCGGAAAAGAAGACGCUGCAAAAAGAAUAUCUUACGAUCCGCCGCGACCUGAAUGCUACGAGCAGCCAGGACCAGUUUGCGAAAUGGGCGAAGCUCCGACGGCAACAUGAUAAGCUGAUGGAACAGCUGGAGAAGAUGAAAACUUCGCACGAAAGCGCCAAAUCAAGAUUCGACAGUACUAUCAACAUUCUACGUUGGUUAGCGACAUCGGGGUUGAAGUUCCUCCUCCCUUUCUGGUACGCAAAGCAGCCCAUGUUCUGGCUCCCUCACGGCUGGUUCCCAUACUACGCCGAGUGGAUUUUGUCCUUCCCACGAGCGCCCGUGGGUAGCGUUAGUAUCGCAUCGUGGCAGGUAGCCUGUGCCGGGAUAGUCUUAUUGGUGAGCGAUACCAUUACAGCGAUUCUAGGAUUGGUACUAGGUGCAAAUAUCGCCGAGCAACAACCAGUCAAGGUGACCGCAGAGAAGGGACCCAUACCAAAGUCACAAGGAGCAAAGGCUAAGAAGGAUUCAUGA